UCGUUUCCCGCGCGACCGGUCUACAUGUGUGGCUGUGUGUUGAUUGAGUGCGACCGGCGCGAGGCGGUGCACUUUAAUCUUUUAAUUAUUUAUUGAGUCUCUUUUUCAACUUAAUCGCGUCGAAUGUACGGAUUCUCGUCCGAUCACCGCAAUUGUUAAAUGACAUCGGGCACGACGGUGUCGCUGCUCUGACGACCACGCGGAUCUUUCGAAUCGCCACCGAUCGCCACGUGGUCGCGAUCGAGAAGAGGGUUAGGAGAGAGAAGACAGGGGACCGCGUUGCACACGGAUAAAAUAUCAGAGCACAGGGAAAAUGAAGCGAAAGGACUCGGACCCGCAGGUGAAAGCGCGAAAGCGAAAACGAACGUGCUCCGAGACGGAGGCGACGGGGUCGCCUAAGGAGCCUUUCAACCUGAAGGAGCUGUCGAAGAGGCAAAUUCUCGAAUGCAUUUCCGCGAUUUUCCACCUGACUCAGGAGCAGUUGAAGGAGACGAACAGCCUCCUCGCCGAGGAGGCUCAGCCGUUGUUCAUGCAGGUGACGAGCGUCCGAGUCCCGGAGAUGCCUCGCCGACAGAUGAGGAUACUGUUGCCGUAUUCGAUAGCGGCGCCAGACGACGAAGUAGCCUUAUUUGUUUGCGACUUGGAGAGAGGAAGAAGAAAGGAUUAUGAGCCAACGGUGGAACACUAUAAAAACUUAUUGGACAAGCACGGGUGCACUCGCGUGAAUGAGAUAAUACCUAUGAAUCGCGUGAAAACCGAAUUCGAUCAGUUCGAAUUGAAGAAGAAGCUCCUAGGCAGUUACGAUCACUUCCUUGUCGAUGGUCGCAUCGCCGGCCAUAUGUCUCACCUGCUGGGAAAACUCUUCUACAAACGAAGAAAGCUGCCGACUUCGAUCAGAAUGGAAGGCAAAGACUUGAAGCACGAGAUCGAUUAUGCACUGAGAAAAACCAGUAUGGAGCUUCAUUCUCACGGCGACACUCAUGUUAUGCAAAUAGGGAACACGUCCAUGAAGCAGAAGAGAGUCCUGAAAAACAUACUGGCCGCCUGCGAGGAACUGUCCAAAAACUAUCCCGGCGGUUGGGCGAACGUACGGGCUCUUCGAUUGAAGGGCGCAACCACUUUAUCGUUGCCCUUUUACGUGACGUUAAAGAAUAAAAACACGGUUAAUCCACGUGCGAUUGCGGUACAGCCGAAGAGACCGAAAGCUUAUCGCGAUGUGGAAGGAGAGCUUUCGACGUUCGUGGGUAAUACCACAGUCACGGUUAAACCUGAGGGCACAGUUAUACUGAACAAGCAUAAGAAGAAAAAUACAAAGGAAGAAAAAUCUGAGAAAAACACAGAAGGCACAGUUAUCCCGAGCAAACGUAAGAAGGAAAACGCAAAGGAAGAAAAGUCUAAGAAAAACACAAAGGAGGAAAAAUCUGUGAAAGACACUGAAGGCACAGUUGUGAACAACCUGAACAAACGUAAGAAGGAAAAUGCAAAGGAAGAAAAAUCUGUGAAAGAUCGGAGAGACACAGAAGGCAUAGUUAUCCCGAAGGAAAACGCAAAGGAAGAAAAAUCUAAGAAAAGCACAAAAGAGAAAAAAUGUAAGAAAAACGCAAAGGCGAAAGCUGAGAAUUGAGACAAAAUGGAAAUUUUGUUGUAAUUUGUAACUUGUAAUUUGUUACUUUAUCAUGUGAAAUAUUGUUGAAAAUAAUCACAGAAACUUUCUAAACAUAUAAUAUCAUGUAUGUUAUCUAAGUUUAAUAUUAAUUAUUUAACAUUAAAUAUCACAUUUAUGUCAUAUGCCUUGUUGUUCGGUCAUUGUAUCUUAUUAAUUAUUAAUAGAUAUUAGAUAAACAUGUAA